GGAAUCAGACUCAACAGGUGCCAAUGUAACGUGCACGUAAAAUGAAAUAAGGGGAGGGGGAAACUUUACAGUCGAGUGAAGGUUAAUAUGCGAUGGCCAACAGCAAGUUCGAGUAUGUCCGUCAGUUUGAGGAGGUUGACAAGCUGUUACCGAAUUGUUGGAUUGUUAUGCGGCUUGAUGGCCGAGGAUUUCACAAAUUUGCUGAUGCUCAUAACUACACCAAGCCUAGUGACACCAGGGGACUGGGGCUGAUGAACUUCUGUGCAGCCUGUGUGAUGGAUGAAUUCAAAGACGUCGUCAUUGCCUACGGUCAGAGCGACGAGUUCAGCUUUGUGUUCCGCCGAGAGACGACACAGUUUAGCAGGAGAGCGAGCAAGCUGAUGACCAACAUGGUGUCCCUCUUCUCAUCCUGUUUUGUGUUCCACUGGAGUAAAUAUUUCCCCGACCAACAGCUGCUGUAUCCCCCAGCCUUUGAUGGCCGCGUUGUCCUGUAUCCUAGCAACCAGAACCUCCGAGACUACCUCAGCUGGCGCCAGGCCGACUGUCACAUCAACAACUUGUACAACACUUGCUUUUGGAAGCUGGUUCAAGAGGGUGGAGUGUCCCAUAAACAAGCUGAGGCGAGACUUAGAGGAACAUUUUCAUCUGAUAAGAAUGAGCUUUUAUUCUCCGAGUUUGGAAUAAAUUACAAUGACGAAGUGGAAUGGUUCCGCAAAGGGAGUGUGCUCAUUUGGAAAAUGGUGGAUGAGGUGACGGUGAAACCCUGCAAGGGCAAAGGCUCGGAAGAGGAAGUUGAGCGAGAGGUCGUCAGGAAGAGACGGAAGGUGGAGCAGCUUCACGUGGACAUCAUCGGGGAGGAGUUCUGGACCACUCAUCCUGAGAUCCUCGGCAAGAGUUGACGCUUGCUGGACUUUUCAAACUCUUUGUUAACUGUUUGAAGGAAAACUGGCCAAGGAGGCCUCACCCAAGGCCUGUACUUUGUUACGUUUCCAUGGAUCCCAUGCAAGCCUGUCACUAACUACCAACAGGCCAGGACCAAGAAAAUGUUGUUUCUAGUUAAGAGCAUGGGUAACAGUUGUCUUUCAUGUUGAGAACAUUUCAGCAUUAAUGUUAUGGCAGAUUACAUUAAGAAAACUUACAUGUGGCAUUCCCCCUCAAAUCUGUUUCAGCUUGAGGCCAGCGACACUUGAUUUGUGGUCGUGUGGCCGACCUUUGCUCAAUGUUGUUAUCGACUUCAAGCGAAAACCUUCAGAGGGAAUUAAGAUUUCAACCACACACAAAUUUGUAUAAAACGGAAAAUCUUGCCUUUGUUUUAUUUCAGCAAUCUUAGGCAAUCCACAUAUGUGACCGGCUCUAGAAAAACGGGUAAUAAGUCGCCAGAUUCAGGUAAUGAUUUUUUGAUAUGGCUGGAUUUUGUACAUCCAAACUACAAUUUGAUGUAUGAAUGACCCCUGUAGUGUGCUGCAUUCUGGAGAUAGACGUUUGUACAUCCACAUUUUCGGAUUCAAUAAGUGGAGUGCUUAAAAACACAAUGCUUUAUUGGAUUUCCUACUGAAUGGUCCAUUUUUCAUCUUGAUUCACCAGUGUCCAUGCUUGUAGUCACAAACUCUAAAAAUCUAAAUAUUGAGAGUAUUAAAGGAAAAAACACCAAAUCCCGUUUUUGAGGCAAUUUUGCCCUCUCCAAAUAGAACAAGCCAUCACGUGUCUUGGCAUUGCGGGACUUAUUACCCUUUUUGCAGAGCUGGUCACAUAAUUCCACAUCAGCAAUUUAUUUCACUUCAACACCACACUUACAUAGUACUGAUAUUCUAGGUGCAAGUCUUCAGCUUGUCAACUGACAGUAGAGCAACUACUUGAUUUUUCUGAAAUAACACGAUGGUAGUUAUUUGUUAACUUACAAAAAAAAGGGUGUUUGAAAUCUGAGUGUACUCGGACAGUUAUCUAAAUAAGUGCAUAUUUCAGUGUUAUUUUGCCCACGUCCAAUAUACGAUGAAAUGAAUUGAGAAGUGUCUUAAAGCCUCAAA